AACUCUCACAUUUAUAAUUACUUGCCCAUUUUUUUUCUCUCUUCCAUGGCAUCUUCUCCAAUUGGUAGAAUUUUAGCAUCUAAUAUUCUUAUCUUUACAAUAUUAUUUACUUCACCAACGCCGCUUAAAUCGCUCAUCGUUUUCAAUUAUCCUGCGAUUUUCAAUUUUGGCGAUUCAAAUUCUGAUACCGGAGGACUCGUCGCCGGUAUCGCUUUUCCUGUUGGACUUCCCAAUGGACAGACUUAUUUCAACAAGCCAGCUGGAAGGUUCUGCGAUGGACGGUUGAUCAUUGAUUUUCUUGUGGACAACAUGGGAUUGGCAUUUCUCAACCCAUAUUUGGAUUCUGUUGGGGCUCCAAGUUUCCAAAACGGGUGUAAUUUUGCUACCGGAGGAGCCACAAUAACUCCGGCCAAGGCUAAUUCCGUUAGCCCGUUUUCGUUCGGAGUACAAGUAUCUCAAUUUUCUAGGUUCAAGGCCAAAGUUUUCGAUUUACUAGCAAAAGGCAAAAAGUCACAAAAAUACCUACCAUCCCAAGAAUAUUUCAAGAAUGGACUUUACACAAUCGAUAUUGGCCAGAAUGAUCUCGAUAGCGCAUUAUCCAAUUCCCAAUCAGGGGACCAACUUGCUUCUCUAAUUCAAAAUCUACUAUCCGAAUUCGAGACGCGAAUAAAGGUUUUGUACAAUCAAGGUGCAAGAAAGUUUUGGAUUCAUAACACCGGCCCUCUUGGAUGCUUGCCUAGAAUAAUCGCAACAUAUGGGAAAGAUCCAUCAAAGCUAGACCAAACCGGUUGCGUCAACUCCCACAAUAUCGCAGCCACAAUUUUCAACACGCAACUUAGAGCCAUGUGUACUAGACUCCCUGCCCAAUUCCAGGAUGCCAACAUCACUUAUGUCGAUAUCUACGCUAUAAAACUCAACAUCAUCACCAACUUUUCACAAUUCGGGUUCAAGCAGUCGAUAGCGGCAUGUUGUGGCUAUGGAGGGCCGCCUUUAAACUUCGACACGAGAAUAAACUGCGGUGAGACGAAGAAUUUAAAUGGAACUAUGGUAACGGCCAUGGUAUGCAACAAUACAGCAGAAUACAUAAAUUGGGAUGGUAACCAUUACACAGAAGCAGCUAACCAGCAGAUUACUUUGCAAAUAUUGUCUGGAAAUUACACCACUGAAUAUGCUUUCAAUAAAACACUUGGGCAAGACUUGUUUUUAGAUAAUCAUUAUCUUAAUUCUUAAUUAUUAACUCAUCCCUACCUAUAACUAUUUGAUCAUUGUUAUCUUACAAUAAUAAGAUUGUCACGUCUUCUAAUUUGGUAUCGCUUUCAUUCAAAAAUCCUUAAAUACCAA